CAUGACCUAAAUCAUAAUUUUAUUCACUCGAUUUAAAUACAAAACGUUGCUUUUAUUUUAAAGGUACAGGCAGGAAUUUUAUUGUUUUCUUUGCUACUUGACAUUCAGCUUUACAAUCAUCGACUUUCACUGGAGUGAACGACUUAAAUUUUCUGUGCACUUCAACGCCAGCUUGUUUCGCGGAAGGUCGCAAACAGCAAGAUGGCCAAUGAAGCCAAGCCGUGCCCCUGUGACAUUGGUGACCGGAUGGAGUAUGGAGGACUCGGCCAGGAGGUCCAGAUAGAGCAUAUUAAUGCUUAUGUAGUGAAACCAUCCACUCCAUCUGACAAGGCUAUCAUUGUCAUUCAUGACAUCUUUGGAUGGCAGCUUCCCAACACUAGAUAUAUGGCUGACAUGCUGGCUGCCAAUGGAUACAUGUAUACUUUCUAAGACCUCUAUGUCGGAAAGGAGCCGUGGAGUCCAUCCCAUGAUUGGGCCAAUUUUAUGGAGUGGCUCAAAGACAAAAAGCCAACAGAAAUCAACAAAGAGGUGGACGCAGUGCUGAGGUACCUGAAGGAGCAGUGCAGGGCCAAACACAUCGGAGCAGUGGGCUUUUGCUGGGGAGGGGUAGCCACACAUUACCUGGCCUUACAGUAUCCACAAGUCAAAGCUGGAGUGUCUCUUUAUGGUAUGACUUUUCUGCAGCAAAGCAUGCAGUCUGGUUUUAGAUUGGCUUUGAGACGGGUUUUAUGUGAUAUUGUGCAGGAAUAAUUUGACACUGAGGACAAAUAUGACCUGAAGAGCCCUACACUGUUCAUCUUAGGAGGGAACGACGACUUCAUCCCUGCAGAACAGGUCAGUAUCCUCGAAACAAACGUAAAGAAGAAAUGCAAGAUUGACUACCAGGUGAAGACAUUUCCCGGCCAGUCUCACGGGUUUGUCCAUCGCAAGAGAGAGGACAUCAACCCCGCAGACAAACCCAGCAUCCAGGAGGCCAGAAUGGACAUGCUCAACUGGCUCAACAAGUACAUGUAAAUGAGAAAAGUGACACAUCAAAGUCGCUCACAUGAAUUAUCAGGAAAGCAAACAGUGCCUUUAAUCAUUAAUCAACAUGGAAAUGAAAAACAUAGGUGCUAUUUAGUAAAGGUGGUGGUUGUUGCUCAGAUUUUUUUUUUUUUUUUUUUGCUGGGAUGAUGACAUUCCAGAGCUUUUCUAGAUGUUUUAUAUUUUAUUCUCCAAGUCUGGAUGUUGAUUGCAUCUUUGAUAUUGAGGAAUUGUGAUUUUAGUGCUAAUAUACAGUGAAUUUAAACAAAGCCAAAAAUGUUUAGCACUUUUGCCUUGUGGAGAACAUAUGGAUGCAGUAUUGUGUCUUGUGAAUCUUAACGUCCUAAACAUUAAAUGACAACAGCAUGUAGUAAAAG